CUUUUCUUAUCCAAGGAUUUCUUCUUGGACGAAGCUUAUCGAACGCAGUUCACGUUGCGUUCUCCGUACAACCUGUUGUUUUUUCGUGGAUCGACAACGAUAAACAGCAUCCAGGACGACACCCUGACGAAGGUGUCGAUAAUUUUACGUGUUUCUACGCUGGGUCAACGGAAAUGGCUGUGUCGCUGACGGAUGACGAGCCAGCACAAGAUCGACAUGCCAAUAAACUUCCGCAAUACGCUAUCAUACUUUUGGCCACGUUGGCCAAUUUCUCCAUCGGUACCUGUAUCGCUUGGAUCUCACCGGUUUGGCACAUCUACAGCAAUCUGGACGUGUCAAAGGUCAACAGACAAGAUAUUUCGUGGCUGUGUAGCUUGGUGCCUCUUGGAGCUGCGAUAGGCAGCCUUCCGGCGGAAGUAAUUGCGAAUAAGAUCGGUCGGCAUAGAACCAUCAAAAUAAUCACUCCGUUUCUAGUCGGAUGUUGGCUGGUUAUCGGUUUGUCGGCCAAUAAAGUAUGGAUAUUCUUGGCACGUUUCGUAGCCGGCAUAGUGUGCGGCGCGUUCUCAAUCAUAAUUCCAAUUUACUUGACCGAAAUCGUGGAGAGAAGAUUCAGAGAAUCGCUGAGUAUGAUUUGUCAGCUUCAAGUCUAUCUUGGAAUCUUGUUCACCUACUUUACAGGAUUCAGUGACGAUCAGCUUACGAUCGCUCUAUUGUGUGCCGUGGCACCAACAAUGCUUUCAGUAGCCACUGUCGUUAUGCCAGAAUCACCUGUUUGGUUGAUGGUGCACAAUCGCGAAGAAGAAGCUAAAGAAAUUAUGAAAAGUCUGAGAAGAAUCGAGGGUUUAACUCAAGAGGAUGCGAUCAGAAUUGAAAACAAUAUCGAACAAACUGGUUGUGUGUCAGGAUUUAAGGCGCACACCAAAGCUACCAUCAUCGCGUUCAGUUUGAUGUCCAUUCAACAAAUGACUGGAAUGAACAUCCUCAUAGCCUACGCCUCUAAAAUAUUGAUACGUCUACAGUUUCCCUUAAACACGAAUGUUGCUUCGAUCAUCCUGGGACUGGUACCAGUAAUCGCGACGUGUUUUUACAAAAACUUACUGACACGUAUGAAAAUGAAAUUACUAUUAUUUCUCAGUCUAUGCGUCAUGUCUAUCAGCCUGUUCAUCUUGUCUGCUUAUUUCCGCCUUCAAAAUACGUACAUCGUGUCCAGUUUCAGCUGGGUACCGUUCCUGUCCAUCGUCCUCCUCAUGGUCGCUUACGCGGUUGGCUGUGAACCAGUGUGCUGGAUCCUGAUCGAAAGAAUCUUUACGAGCGACGUGAGGAACAUGGCCAUUACUGGUAGUAUGGUGUGCAAUUGGAUUUCUUCGUUCAUGUCGGCUAAAGGAUUCCAGGAUAUAGUGUCGCUGAUGGAAAUUUCAACGGUAUUCGCUAUGUACGGUAUAUCUACCUUGAUGGGUACCGCGUUCGUCGCUCGUAUGGUACCGGAAACGGAAGGGAAAAGCGAGGAGGAAGUGCAGAUGGAGCUGCGAGGGUGGAACCAGGAGGAUACUGAAGUUCCAACGUGUUGUUAAACUGAAAAAAACGAAACGAAAGUGAUGGAGUGAUGUGUGAUCGAGUGAUUAAAUGUGAUUAGUUGGAAUUUGGAACUUUAAGACAUUUAUUUAUGUAAUUGUAACCGAUCUUAGGAAAUUGAUUAAAAAUUUUAAAGAAACCUAA